AAAGUUGGACACGUAAACCAUUUUGUCUAUGAUUUUCUGACUAUAAACUCCUGCUUUCGUGCUCUGUUCAACACGUCGCACUAAUUAUCACUCUCUAACGUUUUGGUUUUAUUCAACUUAGAAAUUCCAAUUCCAUUUCAGUCCAACUUCUGGUCAGUUCUGCAGUCUAGAAGAACAACACUGUGAUCAUCGCUAUGUCUACGCAAGCUAAGUAUGUUAGAGUUCCCAGUAUCAGAGACAGAGUUCAAGAUACUCUUUCUGCUCACCGUAACGAACUCAUUUCUCUCCUCUCCAGGUAUGUGGCUCAGGGGAAAGGGAUCUUGCAACCUCAUAAUUUGAUUGAUGAGCUUGAAAACAUCCUUGGUCAGGAGGAUCAUCUUAAAGAUGGCCCCUUUGGUGAAAUUAUCAAGUCUGCACAGGAAGCCAUAGUUUUGCCUCCUUUUGUGGCAAUAGCAGUUCGUCCAAGACCCGGUGUUUGGGAAUAUGUCCGUGUUAAUGUCUUUGAACUCAACGUCGAGCAAUUGAGCAUUUCUGAAUAUCUCAGCUUCAAAGAAGAACUUGUAGAUGGAAAGAUUAAUGAAAAUUUUGUACUGGAGCUAGAUUUAGAGCCAUUUAAUGCAUCAUUCCCUCGUCCAACCCGUUCAUCAUCCAUUGGCAAUGGUGUGCAAUUUCUCAACCGCCACCUCUCGUCAAAUAUGUUUCGCAACAAAGAUUGCUUGGAACCCUUGCUUGAUUUCCUCCGUGCUCACACAUAUAAAGGCCAUGCGCUGAUGUUAAAUGAUAGACUACAAAACAUUUCCAAACUUCAGUCCGCUUUGGUCAAGGUCGAGGAUCAUCUUUCUAAGCUUGCGCCUGAUACACUCUAUUCUGAAUUUGAAUACGUAUUACAAGGAAUGGGGUUUGAGAGAGGUUGGGGUGAUACUGCUGCGCGGGUAUUAGAAACGAUGCAUCUGCUGUUGGAUAUUCUUCAGGCCCCUGAUCCUUCUACACUUGAGACUUUUCUUGGGAGAGUACCAAUGGUGUUCAAUGUUGUUAUAUUGUCUCCGCAUGGCUUCUUUGGGCAAGCCAAUGUCCUGGGUUUACCUGAUACUGGCGGACAGGUUGUUUAUAUACUCGAUCAAGUGCGUGCCCUUGAGAAUGAGAUGCUUGCUCGGAUCCAGAAACAAGGACUUGAUUUCACUCCUAGAAUUUUAAUUGUUACUAGGUUAAUACCUGAUGCAAAGGGGACAACAUGCAACCAGAGACUAGAAAGAGUCAGUGGCACUGAUUAUACACAUAUUUUGCGUGUUCCAUUCAGAUCAGAAAAAGGAAUUCUCCGUAAAUGGAUCUCAAGGUUUGAUGUCUGGCCUUUCCUGGAAACUUAUGCAGAGGAUGUUGCUAGUGAAAUUUCUGCCGAGUUACAAUGUUAUCCUGAUUUCAUCAUAGGAAACUACAGUGAUGGGAAUCUUGUUGCAUCUUUAUUGGCUUACAAAAUGGGAGUUACCCAGUGCACAAUCGCACAUGCACUGGAGAAGACAAAAUAUCCAGAUUCAGAUAUAUAUUGGAAGAAAUUUGAGGAUAAAUACCAUUUUUCAUGUCAGUUCACUGCUGACCUAAUAGCCAUGAAUAAUGCUGAUUUUAUCAUCACCAGUACAUACCAAGAGAUUGCAGGAACGAAGAAUACUGUUGGCCAGUAUGAGAGUCACACGGCUUUUACUCUUCCUGGACUCUAUAGGGUUGUCCAUGGCAUUGAUGUUUUUGAUCCCAAGUUCAAUAUUGUCUCUCCUGGAGCAGAUAUGACAAUAUAUUUCCCCUGUUCUGAAAAGGAGAAAAGACUCACAGCUCUGCAUGGUUCAAUUGAAAAGCUAUUGUAUGAUACCGAGCAGACCGAUGAGUACAUCGGUUCACUGGCAGACCGGUCAAAGCCUAUAAUCUUCUCCAUGGCAAGGCUUGACAGAGUUAAAAACAUAACUGGUUUGGUAGAAAGCUAUGCUAAGAACAGCAAAUUGAGGGAACUGGUCAACCUUGUCGUAGUAGCUGGUUAUAUUGAUGUGAAGAAGUCCAGUGACAGAGAAGAAAUUGCAGAGAUUGAGAAGAUGCACGAUCUCAUGAAGCAGUAUAAUUUGAAUGGCGAGUUUCGGUGGAUUACUGCUCAAACAAAUAGAGCACGUAACGGGGAGCUGUAUCGUUACAUAGCAGAUACAAAAGGCGCUUUCGUUCAGCCUGCUUUCUAUGAAGCUUUUGGACUUACAGUCGUGGAGGCCAUGACUUGUGGGCUCCCUACAUUUGCUACUUGCCAUGGUGGUCCUGCUGAGAUCAUCGAGCAUGGUGUAUCAGGAUUUCAUAUUGAUCCUUAUCAUCCCGACAAAGCUUCAGAGCUAUUACUUGAAUUUUUCCAAAAAUGUAAGGAGGAUCCAAACCAUUGGAACAAAAUAUCUGAUGGAGGUCUUCAAAGAAUUUUUGAAAGGUACACAUGGAAUAUCUAUUCUGAAAGGCUUAUGACCUUGGCGGGUGUUUAUAGUUUCUGGAAAUAUGUUUCCAAACUUGAAAGGCGCGAAACUCGACGGUAUCUUGAGAUGUUCUACAUUCUUAAGUUCCGUGAUUUGGCAAAUUCUGUUCCACUAGCAAAGGAUGACGCAAAUUAACCAGCUGAUGUAUGGCAGCUCUAUGUUCUUAUCAAGGAAUGACAGCAGACAAUAAGAGUCUUGUAUGUAUAUAAAAGUCUGCUUCUUGUGUUGUAAAUUAAAGUUUUUCUGACUUGGAGAAAUUUCAUGGACGCUCAUCUAUGUUAGCUUUCAUUAUAUCAGAAAUGCGGAGUACUGGUUGUUGAUGUCUCUUGUAUUGUUUUCCCUAAGACAAGCUUCAUGAGAUACGGGAAUAAGAUUGGUAAGAACUAAGAACAAACCAUGCUAAACCUUUUACCUAACUUUGAACAAGUGAGUUCAUCA